AGAGAGAGUUCAAAAGUGAGAGAGACAGAGAGAGAUUAACAGGAUCAGGCCUCACAGUCUCACAGCCUGUGUGACAGAAGACCAGUUCUGGCUGUGUACAUGAUAGUGUGUACGCCUGGGUGCAUGUCACAACACUGCCAACACUCCCCCGUUCUCUGGAUCUGAUCAUUGUACCACAGGACUGCAGCAGAACUUUCUGGCCCAUUCAUUUGUUGUACAUCUGACAUCUACGCUGAUUUUGGGCUGAAUCUGAACCUGGCUUGACAAGAUGCUCCUACAUUUGGGAGGGUCCAGGGGGAAGAUGGGCAUCCUGCUCAUCAGGAGAGUGGGUUUGUUUUGUCGUUCUGCUCACUUGUCUCCACAAAGCCUGGAGUAUCGACCAAUCAAAAAGGUCAUGGUGGCAAACAGAGGUGAAAUAGCCACCCGUGUGUUUCGAGCAUGCACAGAACUCGGUAUCCGGACAGUGGCAGUAUAUUCAGAGCAGGACACGGGGCAGAUGCAUAGACAGAAGGCAGAUGAGGCUUACCUCAUCGGCAGAGGCCUGUCCCCCGUUGCGGCAUAUCUUCAUAUCCCUGACAUAAUCAAAGUGGCAAAGGAAAAUAAUGUGGAUGCAAUCCACCCUGGAUAUGGCUUUUUAUCAGAGCGUGCAGACUUUGCCCAAGCCUGUGCUGAAGCCGGGGUGAGAUUCAUUGGACCUUCCCCUGAGGUUGUGCGCAAGAUGGGGGAUAAAGUGGAAGCCCGUGCCCUGGCCAUACAAGCAGGUGUUCCAGUUGUUCCCGGUACAGACGCUCCUAUCUCAUCUCUUCAAGAGGCUCAUGAGUUUGCCAAAAUACAUGACUUUCCCAUCAUCUUUAAAGCUGCAUAUGGAGGAGGAGGCCGUGGAAUGAGGGUGGUCAGAGAUUAUGAGGAGCUAGAGGAGAACUAUCAGAGAGCCUAUUCAGAAGCUCUAGCGGCAUUCGGUAAUGGUGCUCUGUUUGUUGAGAAGUUCAUCGAGAAACCACGACACAUUGAAGUACAAAUUCUUGGUGAUAAAUAUGGAAAUGUAAUUCAUCUGUAUGAGAGGGAUUGCUCUAUCCAGAGGAGACAUCAGAAAGUGGUAGAGAUCGCUCCUGCUGCCCAGCUUGACUCUCACCUCAGAGACAGACUGACCUCAGACGCGGUCAACCUGGCAAAACAGGUGGGCUAUGAGAAUGCAGGCACAGUGGAGUUCCUGGUGGACAAACAUGGAAAGCACUACUUCAUCGAGGUGAACUCCCGCCUACAGGUGGAACAUACGGUUACAGAGGAGAUCACUGAUGUGGAUUUGGUUCACGCACAGCUGCGUGUGUGUGAGGGCCGCAGUCUUCCUGAGUUGGGUCUUGAACAGGACAAGAUCCGGAUCAAUGGCUGUGCCAUUCAGUGCCGGGUCACUACAGAAGACCCCUCCCGUGGUUUUCAACCAGACACAGGUCGCAUAGAGGUGUUUCGCAGCGGAGAGGGUAUGGGUAUUCGUCUAGACAGUGCAUCUGCAUUUCCGGGGGCUAUCAUUUCCCCUCACUAUGACUCACUGCUUGUUAAAGUCAUAGCCAGUGGCAAAGACCUCCCCACCGCCGCAACCAAAAUGCACAGAGCGUUAACCGAGUUCAGAGUUCGUGGUGUUAAGACUAAUAUCCCGUUCCUGCAGAAUGUAUUGAGCAAUAGCCAGUUCCUGUAUGGCACAGUUGACACGCAGUUUAUUGAUGAGAACCAGGAACUUUUCAACCUAAAACCUACACAGAACAGAGCCCAGAAACUCCUGCGCUAUCUGGGUCACAUCAUGGUAAAUGGACCCAUGACUCCUAUUCCAGUUAAAGCCAAAUCCUCAUCUGUUGAUCCAGUUGUUCUUUCUGUUUCUUUGGGUGAGCCACCCACAGGCUUCCGUGAAGUCCUGUUGAAAGAGGGUCCAGAGGGUUUUGCACGGGCAAUUCGGCAGCAUCAGGGUCUUCUACUGAUGGACACCACUUUCAGAGACGCCCACCAGUCUCUGCUGGCAACUCGUGUCAGGACACAUGACCUCAAGAAGAUUGCUCCCUUUGUGAGCCACAACUUUAAUAACCUCUUCAGCUUGGAGAACUGGGGAGGAGCUACAUUUGAUGUAGCGAUGCGUUUUCUGUGGGAGUGUCCGUGGAAGAGACUCCAGGAGCUCAGAACUCUGAUUCCCAACGUCCCAUUUCAGAUGUUACUACGUGGAGCCAAUGCUGUGGGAUACACAAACUACCCUGAUAAUGCUGUGUUCAAAUUCUGUGAGGUAGCCAAAGAGAACGGAAUGGAUAUCUUCCGUGUUUUUGACUCCCUGAAUUAUAUUCCCAACAUGCUUUUGGGGAUGGAAGCUGCAGGGGCGGCUGGAGGUGUGGUGGAGGCGGCCAUUUCUUACACGGGAGACGUGUCUGACCCUAUGAGACAGAAAUACUCACUGGAGUACUAUCUGAAGCUAGCCAAUGAGCUAGUUAAGGCUGGAACACACAUACUGGCUAUUAAGGACAUGGCUGGCCUGCUGAAGCCCGAAGCCAGCCGUUUAUUGAUUGGAGCAUUGCGGGACCGUUUCCCGGACAUCCCCAUCCACAUUCAUACUCACGAUACGGCAGGUGCAGGAGUAGCGGCAAUGCUAGCCUGUGCACAAGCAGGCGCAGAUAUAGUGGAUGUAGCAGUUGACUCAAUGGCUGGCAUGACCUCUCAACCGAGCAUGGGUGCCAUCGUAGCCUGCACCAGAGGAACCAAACUUGAUACUGGUGUUUCUCUGGACAGAGUGUUUGACUACAGCGAGUACUGGGAAGUGGCCCGUGGUCUGUACGCUCCCUUCGACUGCACCGCUACAAUGAAGUCUGGUAAUGCAGAUGUUUAUGAAAAUGAGAUCCCAGGGGGCCAGUACACCAACCUUCACUUCCAGGCCCACAGCAUGGGCCUCGGUAACAAGUUCAAAGAGGUGAAGAAAGCCUACGCUGAAGCCAACAAGCUGCUGGGAGACCUUAUCAAAGUGACCCCCUCGUCUAAGAUUGUGGGUGAUCUGGCUCAGUUUAUGGUGCAGAACUCUCUCUCUCGGGCUGAUGUGGAAGAGAGAGCAGAUGAGCUCUCCUUCCCUCUGUCUGUUGUGGAGUUUCUGCAAGGACACAUUGGAAUACCACACGGAGGAUUCCCUGAGCCCUUCAGGUCAAAGGUUCUCAAGUCGUUGCCUAGAACCGAAGGUCGCCCCGGGGCUUCACUUCCUCCGAUGGAUUUUGAGGCUCUUGAGUCUGGUCUACGAUCGACAUAUGGUGAUGAAAUCACCCCUGAAGAUGUGAUGUCAGCCGCCAUGUACCCCAAAGUUUUCCAGGAGUUUAAAGAGUUCACAUCAAACUUCGGCCCGGUGGACUGCCUUAACACUCGCCUGUUUCUGGACGGCCCCAAAAUCGCAGAGGAGUUUCAGGUUGAGUUAGAGAGAGGGAAAACGCUGCACAUCAAAGCCUUGGCCUUGGGUGACUUGAACAAGUCUGGUCAGAGAGAAGUGUUUUUUGAACUCAACGGCCAGCUGCGUUCAGUCUUGGUCAAGGAUGCGGCAGCAAUGAAGGAGAUGCACUUUCACCCUAAAGCCUUGAAAGACGUGCGGGGACAGGUUGGAGCUCCCAUGCCCGGUAAAGUGGUGGAAGUAAAGGUGAAGCCAGGCCAGAAAGUGGAGAAAGGUCAGCCUCUCUGCGUACUCAGCGCCAUGAAAAUGGAGACCGUCGUCAACUCGCCAAUCUCAGGCACAAUAUCCAAGGUGCACGUCAAUCCCGACAGCAGCCUGGAAGGGGAUGACCUCAUCCUGGAAAUAACCGAAUAGAAUGUAAAAGCUUUAAGGUUGCUUUUUUUUCUAGAAUUCGUUUUUUGACUGAUCUUGUAAUUUGGUGGACAGGUGGUAUUGUGAUUGCUGAUGAUUCUAACAUGGUGUAAAACUCUCCUGAGCUUUCAGUCAGAAUAGUUUUUUGGCUGUUGUUUGAUUCAAAAUAGAAGCAUAUAGAUGAAGCAUUUAUUGUCUGUAACCAGAAAGCACAGAAGCCAUUUUGUGAUUCACUUUUUGGUAUUCAGUUAUCGCUCCUUGUAGGCCAGAAACGAGAGUUCCUUAGAUUUCCACGACGCAUGCGCGAGAACUGAUCUGAAGUAGU